AGCAAGUGGCGCUUCUGUCUAAAUCACUUUUCCAAACUCUGCACACCUGGCCGAACACUUGCAUCUAAACCGCCUUUUGGGGAAUUUAAGUAGCGUUUGGGGUCUCCGCGAGUGCACCGAUAACCUUUUAAGACUUUGGUAAAUAUAUACAUAUUAUUAUAUGUCUUAUACUGCCCAUGCGUGUUGGUUGAACGGUUUGCAAGUUUAGAACCGAGGUCAAUUGCAGGGUAAAAUAAGGCUUCGGACUUCACAUCGGUUCUAAAUAUUAACGUAAGCUGUCAUUGUACCAAUUUAGCUUAUGUUUAAGUGGUGCGUGUGAAAAAAUGAAUCCCCAAGAAGCCCAGAAGAUAUUUCUAAGCAGCACGUCAACCGUCUCUCUGCAUGAUCGCUUCACCGGUUUGCUAAAACAUCAGCAGGCGGAUCCAAUAAAUGUUACCGCCAGGGUGAACCAGCAGAAUACAGCGACUCUGAAGAACCAGCGCCUGGCUCUGGAUAUGGCAAACAGACCUUCUGUGCUGGCUGCCCUGCGCAACACAUCUAACAUAAACCGACUGUGUAAAGUGAACGUGAAGGCGAGGCUGGGCCAGCCCUUGGGAGGAGGUGGGGGUUUGAACGACCAAAUAAGUACAGGAGGCGGCUGUGGGCAGAUCAAAGCGUUUUACGGAAGGAGAGGUAUUGGCAGAUUGCAUGGGACAGUCCCUGUUUUAGGAGUACAGCGGAGGCGGGGCCAGAAACGGCGUGGGGGCUAUGUGAACUGGACCGGACCAAUGGGAAUCAGAGGAGGAGCCAUUAGAAAGACAGGUAUAAACUCUUCUCCUGUAUGCACAGGUAGUGGGGCAUAUUUGGGAAAAGACUGGGCCAAGUUCAACAGCAAUUUAGUCCCUUCUCGGGACGAGUUAGAUGAUCAGUUGGAUGAGUACAUGUCCAAAACCAAGAGCCAUCUAGAUGCAGAGCUUGAUGCGUAUAUGGCAGAAGUUGAUUUGGAGGACAUAAUGUGAUUGCUUACAGUGUCAGCACUUAAGACUAUAGUUGAACCACAUACAUUUUAGUUUAAGGUUGACUGAUGGUGGAUAUAAUCUUGCAGGUUCGGUAAAAUGAAUAUUUGUCCACCUUGACUGUUUAAUGUGAUCGUUCACCCCAAAAUUAAAAUUCUGUCAUAAUUUACUCACCAUUUUGUCGUUUCAAACCUGUAUGACUUUCUUUCUUCCGCAGAACACAAAAGAAGUUAUUUUGAAGAACGUUGUUUACUGGACCCCCUUCACUCGCAUUGCAUUAACUUGGAUUGGUUUUAACUUGCAAUAGGAUGGGGGCCAGUGAUGUUCAGCUACCAACGUUUUUCAAAAUAUCAUGUUUUGUGGAAGGAAGGAUGUCAUACAGGUUUGAAACCUCAAUAGGGUGAUUAAAUGAUGACAGAAUUCUUAUCUUUGAAUGAAAAAAAUGAAUAUUCUGUCACCAUUUACUCACCCUCAGAAUUUUCCAAACCGGUAAAAAAUUUUUUAUUUGUUCUUCUAAGCACAAGGGAAGAUAUUUGAAGGAAUGUCAGUGACCAAGCAGAUCUGGCCCCCCCUCCCAUUUACUCCCAUAGUAGGGAAAAUAAAUACUAUGAGAGUCAAUGGUGGGGCGAGAUCUGCCAAUAUCUAUAUUCUUACAAAUAUCUUCCUUUGUGUUUAGCAGAACAAAGAAAUAUAUUCACGUUUGGAAAAAUCUGAGGGUGAGUAAAUGAUGACAAAAUUAAAAAAAAUUCGGUAAACUAUCCCUUUCAUUCUAUCAGAUCUUCUCUAAUAAUUGUUCAUAGUUGCAGACACUUUACUUCCAUUGCUUAGAAACCUCCAGCCUAAGUUAGACACAUUUAUCCAACAAUAUUAUUUUUCCUGCUGUUCAAUGUGAUCAAUAUGAAAAAAAGAAAUGAAGGUGCUUUCUUGGGAAAUUCUUUUCAGUAGAUUGGCAGGUUGUAGUUUUUUGAGGAAACUGUGAUUUCAUUAGCCGUUCAAUUACAUUAACUGGAUAAAUGUAAUUCCCUUUGAAGUUUUACGUUUUUACUUUGGACCACUGCAGUGUUUAAAAUCAGUUGCGGUUGCAAUGAAAAAGAACUCUGAUCGAUCACUGAGUUCAUUUUGGCCUGUUUUUGUUUUGUACGUUGUAUCAAGAUUCAAAUAAGGUGAAUAAUAUCUUAUGAAGCUGAUAGUCAGACAUAUUUGUGUUAUAUCUUGUCUGUUGAAGUGACUUUAUGUGUGCCAUGUUUAUUUUUUCCAAAAGUGUUUUGUAUUUAUAUUGUUGGAUUAUCUGUGCCACAGGUGGUAAACAGAAAAAAGUUAACUUAAAAAAGUUCAUAAGGAACUGUUUAUAACCUCACCAGGUGGUGAUUGUUUUCAUAAUGUUAAAUAAAAGAUCUCUUACUUGC